CGCCACAGUCCCCGCCUACAGGCGGCCACUGGGAAUGUAGCAGCGCGGCUCCACUAAAUACAUCGACAGCAGUGCGCCUUGAUGGAGGAGUCGGAUUCAAUCAAGUGGGGGGGCGCCCCGAGCACGCCUCGCGACGGCCGCGUCUAUUACCAGGCGGUGCGCGUCAACUCGAUGCCCGAGCGCUCGCUGAGCGUGGGCCACUUCUACGCGGUGCGCUGGGACGCCACGGGCCCCGUCUGCCUGGCCCAGCUGCUGCUGCUGUGGAGGCCAGCGGAGGCCCAUGGUAGAGGCCCCGCAGGAGAGGCUGGCGAGGCCGUCGCCAGUGCCCGCCUCUACUUCCUGCCCGAAGACACGCCACAGGGCCGCAACAGCCAGCACGGCCAGGAUGAGCUUAUAGCGGCCGAGGAGGACGUGGCGCUCGGCCUGCUGGAGCUCGUGCGGUGGGUGUCCUACGCCGAGCCCAGCGGCUGGACGCGCGGGCUGGUGGCGCCCGGCGCCGGCGUCCCCCACCCCACGCCGACAUCGCCACCACCGCCGACGUCGCCGCCGACUUCGCCGACUUCGCCGACUUCGCCGACGUCGCCGCCGCGAGACUCGGACCCGCUGGGCAACGCGGCGUCCCAGCGCGCCAAGCGGGGCCGCUCGGGCACGCGGGAGCAGCCUCCCCGCGACGCCGUCGGCACGCGCAGCCAGAGCGCCGCCACCGCCCAGAACGCCGCCACCGCCCAGAGCGCCGUCACCACCACCCAGAGCGCCGCCACCGCCCAGAGCGCCUCCACCGCGGCCGGCGAGACGCAGGAUGCCGUCAAGGACUGCGACUGCGCGGAGCCGCCAGCAGCCCCUACUGCGGCGGUAGCGGCGGCGGAGCAGGCGGCUCCCGACGUGGUGGUGCUGAGCUAUCCGCGCUACUGCCGCUACCGCGCGCUGCUGGGACGGCUGGCGGGCGAAACGACGACGGCGCCGGUGGCGGCGGCGCCGGCAGCCGCCGCGUGGGCGACGCACCCCACGCUGCGUGCGCUCGCCGGCGGGGUGGCCCUCCCCAAGCCAGGCUCGCGGGUCCUCUUCUGCCGACAGACCUUCAACCACUCGAGCCUGGCACGCAUCCCCACCGCCGCCAGCGCCGUGCUGCUCCAGCCCGGGCUGACGCUGGGGCGCACGCGCAGGAGAGGGAUUCGCAGCACGCUGCCGUGCAUCAAAGCCAUCACCACCUCAUCCUCCUCUUCGUCCUCCUCCUCGUCUUCCUCCUCCGUCGGCUCUACCUCCAGCACCACUGCUGCCGCCAUAACUUCCGCCCAGUCCGAGGGCCGGACUGAGGCGACCUCUCGGGGAGAGGGCUCACUGGAGAACAAGGCCACGUCAGCUGCCAUGGAGCCUCUGGUUAAGGACCCCCAGUCGAACGUGGCCGCCGCUAACGCCAAGCCCACGGCCGUGGCCAAGGCCUCGCCAGUGGACGCGGUGGUGGCGGCGGCGCGGCACAGAGACGGCGCGGCGGAGAGCGGCACGGGACAGGACGGCGACAGCGAGAAGGCAUUCCUGGACGCCAUCUACAAGUUCAUGCGCGAGCGCGGAACGCCCAUCGAACGCCUGCCGCACCUGGGCUUCAAGCAGAUUAACCUUUGGAUUAUGUUCAAGACAACACAACAGCUUGGAGGAUAUGAUUCUGUGACCACCCAACGGCUGUGGAAGGUGGUCUACGACGAGCUGGGGGGCGACUCGGGGAGCACCAGCGCCGCCACCUGCACCCGCCGCCACUACGAGAGGUUGAUCCUGCCGUACGAGCGCUACGUGCGGGGGGAGGAGGACCGGCCGCCGCCUCCGCCGCGGCCCCGCAAGCGGCACGGCACGGGCAAAGAGGGCGACGCCGCCGACGGCAGCGCGGCGCUCAGGUCGGGGGGGGACGACGACGACGGCGGCGGCAAGGGGGGCUAUGGCCAAGAAAAGAGAUGCAAAAAGGACUCUGCCCAAGGCAACGGCAAGAAGCUGUUGUCCAGCAAAGGGCGACUCAAGCCUGAGGAUCCACAAAAGCCCGAGCUCAUGGCCACUGCCAAGAACGGGAACCUGAAGCUGAGGACCGUGCUGUCUGUCAUCCCCACCACGCAGGCGCCUCCGUCCCAGCUCCAGAAGAACGCGCCCAUCGCCAUCGAGCUCAAGCCGCUCCUGGACCCCGAGCUGGGCCACAUCACGCUCAUCAACUGCCAGCUCAAAGACUCGAUGCCGGCUCAGCAGAAGAGCUACCUGGACUACAUGAGCAAGCAGAUGUCGGAGCCCGCCUACCGCCACUUCCUCGAGCUCUCCAAGGCCAACAACGGGGUGUCCCGCCCGGCCAGCGCGGACGAGGCGCGAUCGUCCACGGUCCGCGUGCCGCUGGCCCUGAUGGGCACCCGCCACGACGGGGUGUUUUUGCUCAACCGCCCCCCCGCCGGACUCGGCGCGGCGGCGGAAGGCAGAGCCGUUUCGAACGCCGACGAGAAUCCGCUGGACCUGAGCGUCAAGAAGACGGAUGCGACGAGGGUGAUGGCGGUGGCCGCGGUGGUGGCGGUGGUCGGGGGGGGUUCCCCAGCGGUGCCCGUGUGUCUCAAGAAAACGCCCGACGUCAGCCCCGCCCGCUGCCAGGGUUCGGAAACCCAACGUGCUCGGGAAAAACAGGGGUGCUCGGGAUCUCCACCGUCGCCUCUGGAACACAAAGCGGAGGCCGUGCAGCCUUCGUGCCCCUCUCUUGAGACCCCGAGCACAUCAAAAGAAGGGGGUGCGACGGCGAGACGAUGUUCCAUGCCUACGGGGUUCCCAGCCAGGCUGGCAAACUUUCACACCGUCAACGGGCUCUUGAAGCCGUCACAGUGGAUGGAGACACCGAGGCGCCACUCGGCGCACGCCACGAGCGUGAUGGCUUUGGACCUGAGCUCAUCCAUGAGAGGAGAUGAGCAGCGGCCGGUGUGCCUGCCAAUUGAUCUCUCGCAUAACCCAGGUUCACAUGAAGCCAAUGAUGGCAAAAACUGCUUUGGCUCGUCUCUGUUGGCUCUGGAUCGUAACGGGUCAUGUGCUGCUGGUGCUAGCGGCCAGCAGGCAACCAGGGCGCGAGAGCAUAGUCGGGCUGUGGGAGACGCCGUCGUUACGUCUCUCUCGCCGCCGGUGAGCCACCACAACUUUCGCUACGGCUCGCCGAGCCCUGCACCGCAGCACAUGCAGAACCAUUAUUCCAGCCCAGGGCAGCAGAAGUGCUGGGAGAUCACAAGAUGUACAACCACAUCCUUGUUCCAGCAGCAGCAACAGCAGCAGCUUCAUGUGAAACCUGAAAAAUCUGGGGAAGGACAAAUUGGCAAUAGCACGGUCGCUCCUGCAAACAGGGUGAACAAGGUGAUACCGUACACCAAGGUGGAAGCCCGCAAGGAGCGGCACGAGGACGACGGGAAGCCCGCGGCCUCGUAUCCCGCGAGGACAGCGGAGGGCGAGCUGCCGCACAAGCAGCCGACGCGACGCCCGCCAUCCCCGCCGGCGCCGGCACCGGCGCUCGUGAGCCACGGCCACGAGGAACCGGCGUCGUGCCGUGCGCCCGAGCCUCGGGCCUUCUCCGUGACGGCCGGGGGCCAGCCGUUCCUGUCGCCGCCUCCGCUCUACCUGGCGCACCCGGAAGGGCUGAGCGCUCGCGUGCACGCCGAUCAGGGCGCGCAGUCGCGGCUGCUGCUGCACGCUCACCAGCAGCAGCACCACCAGCAGCAGCAGCAACACCAGCACCACCAGCAGCAGCAGCAGCAACAACGGCAGCAGCAGCAGGCCGCGCACUCGGUGUUUGGAGCGGGCCUGCAGGGCUACUCGUACGGAGCUCUGCCACGCAUGUCCUUCUUGCCCGUGGAGGCUUACGGUGGAAGUGGAGGCGGGGGAGGGCAGGCGGCCGUUUAUCCCUACCUCCCCGAAAGCAUCUGCGCCGCGAUGGGACUGAGAGCGACACACCCCAGGACCAACAUUUGAGCGCACGCGGUGGGGGGGAUGUGGGUGGGGGGGGUGUCCGCCCUGGCACAUGCACGCCGGUACAAAUUGUGCACUAAGUUAUUUAGAUCCUUGAACGUAUGUAUGUAUGUAGAACUUCUUUCGCGCACCGUACUUAGCCGGUCGUGCGAAGUACGGUUUUGCAGCGGCUUUUUUUUAUUGCCGUUGUUAUUCUUGUAAUAUAAUAAGUACGCUACUAAUAUGUAACAUCUCCCAAAAUGGGGGGGAAAUGUUGCGUAUUUUUUUUUACGGUAAAAGAUCUAAUCACUGUAAUUACAGUCACGCAAAUUCUGUAAUUCUAACUGGAAUCAUGAAAUGUUUCAUUUGUUUAUUUUCUUCUGGUGUGGCCUGUCUGGUGAGCGAAAAGCGACAACGUUCACCGAGGACUUCACAUCGUGCGCGGUGUCUCAGUCGCGCACAGGCAGUCAUAUCGCCAGGUUUCACAAUACUGUAGUACAGUUAUCAUGAGAACAAAACUGCUAAUUAUAAGAUGCUGGGAUUUUUUUUAAUCAAAUAAUUUGCAUAUGGUGUUGGCUUUUUACCAUUAUUAAUGUGAUAAUGACAACAACCUGUUUGAAUACAUGUAUAUUUAGUUUAUUUUAGGCAGUGUUUGUGUGUACUUUGUACUGAACGAUGAGUCGUGCGCGCAGGUAUAAUAAUGGUACACCGAUAAACGGACUUUUUAACGUAAAAUCAAUCUUCAUCCACUUUCAAGAAAAGGAAAAUAAAAACCAAUUCUUGGAAGUGGACGUGUGUAAAAAAAAAAAUUGCAACCUCGUUAUUUUCAUGCUCACAUUCAAGUGCCUACACUGUAAAACUUGCCAAGGGUGUGAAGUCCUUCAAACGAGGGCGUCCGAAACCUUGUAAAGCCGUCUUUUGUAUAAAGUUCCACACUUUGGACCUAAAUCAUCGAUUGCUGCGCCCGCUUCCAUGGCCCGGCAAUUGCGACGCCAACUGUCAGUGGCCGUGGAGGUCGCAGAGUCUUUGUUAAGGGUCCCCCCCCCCCCCCCCCCCGAUUACGGCGGUUCUUAUACCUCGUCGUCGCCCACACUAACCCCCACGCGUUGUAAUAUACUGUAAAUGAGACCGUCAGAGCAGGGAUUUUUCUGAAUGCGUGAACACUAUAGCCCCCCCUCCUGAUUCCCCCACUACAGCUCCCUUGCACAGUUGCGCGCGUUGGCACAACAGCGCGGUGGUCACGCUGCCGUAUUCCGAUUGCGCGUGGACAACCACAGCUUUAAAGUGCGACGCACACGCGUACACGUCCGCGCCGUGCGCCUGCCGUUGGUAAUUGCAUUCGUAUAAUCACUCGUUUGGCCACCUCCUGGGGUUUGUGGCACCUAUCGCUGGCUUAGCCACCAAUGUAAAACACGUUAUGGCUGUAACUGCCCAACGCAAUAGGCUGGCGCAUCAGCCGUUCACGUUUCCAGACUGCGUAAUCCGUGGAGCCCACACAAAAAUAUCCAAGAUUCGCACCUCGGUGUAAACGCAGGCGUUAUAAUCAUGAUAAUUGAGCUGCGGGGCAUAGAGCUUAGUAAGCAUUCUUGUGUCCAUAUUGUGUUCAAAAAAGACUUCCGUGAAAUGAAAAGUUAUAACUCGUCUAUCCGCGAAUAGGGCAUCAUAAAACCCUGAUGGAAUAUUUUAUUUUCUCUCUAUACAGUGUGCCGGCUACUAUUGCCAUUGAUUAACUGGCCUUGUGUUAAGUGUAUUUAUUGACUUUCUUGAAUAAAUGUACCACUAUUAAAUAUAUCUGCCGCCAAUCUUAGCUGUGUGGGUGCAAAACAGUGUUUUGGGAUUUAAAAAAAUACAACAAAAUCGCAUACAAAUAAUGAUUUUACACAUCAUUGAAUUUGCGUUAUUUUGAAGCGUGAGGAUUUAAGUUUUAGCUGGGAAGGGUGUUUUCAUAAUCCUUAAUUCUUCUGCAAUUGAUUUGUUAUUUUUAUCUUUUACACACAGUAUACUCUUCCUUAGGUCUGUGGUUUGCGUCUUAAAGUUGACCCGUAACAUGAAUUGUGGCCUACAAUGUGUGUAUUCCUUCUCAGCAUUGUUUAAAUUCUUGAAUUGUCAAAAUAAAUGCCAAAAUAAUUACUUGUAUUUACAGGAAGCAAAUGUUUACUGGUUUAACAAAUACUGAUAAAAACACGUGAUUUCAUGAACUUCUAAUUUAUAGCAGAACUUUAGCAUAAUUUUGUCUAGCUUAGUUGAGAGUCGAUAUAAAACAUAAUUAUCCUUCCAAAAUUCAAAUACUUUAUUGCUGUAUUUAUUUAAGGCUUGUUAAGCUUGACUUAAUGAAUGGUGUUUUUUAAGGUGGCUGUUUUAAGUCGGCAGACUUGUUGGUAUGCAUGCAUUUAACCGCAAAUCAUGAUAAAGAAUAUGUUGAUUCAAGCUUUGAAAUAAAGGUACAUAAUGAAAUUUCACGUGCAUGCAUACCAACGGGCCUUGCAGAGCAACAUAUAUCUGCUUAAUCGUAAUGGUUUGUGCUUAACGAAUUAUUUAUUUGUCUCAUCAAGCCACUGUGAACAUGCUCGGUUUUUUUAUUAUUAUUUUCUACACAACUGUUAUAUAAACUUACGUAGUACAUUGGACAAAACAUGUUUUCCUUAUAUGAUAAAACAGUAUGGUUGGAUUUCAUCCAGGUUUAAGCCUAUAACAUGUAUCUUAUCAAGGGCUCUGUAAUGUUGUCUCAAUAAAUAAGACAAAUGGCCA